AUGGCUGCACAACAACAAGAACUAGAUGAGAAGAACCCAUUCUAUGAGUUAGUUGUUAUUUGUUCGACUUCUGGUCAAUUUGACCAAACCGUCAAUUCGUUCAAAGAUAUUAUAAAGAAGUCUAAGUUAGUAUGUAUAAAGGAUACUGAGUUGUUAGAUUGGAUAAAGAAGUACCAAAGAAGAGUUUUGAAGUAUAAUGCUAUAAAUGAGUAUAUAAAUUCUAAGUUUAAAGACCCAAAUGAGGAAAUGCAGAGAAUAUUAGAGAAGAAACACUUCAGAAACAAACAGAAAGAGAUAGAAUACAUUUCGAAGAAAUUGCAAUCUUACGAUUGGAAGACUUACCCUCAUAGAUGUCUUCUUAUCUUAGAUGAUUUCGCCUCUCAUCCUUUGUUAAAGAAUAGAGAACAAGAUAUGUGUCGAAUUCUUAAGAAGCUCAGACACUUUAACAUUUCAGUCGUAAUAUGUGUACAGACAGCAAAGAGUUUAAGUAAGGAUGUUAAAAGAAUACUUACUGACAUAAUACUUUUCCCCGGAUUGUCCGAAGACGAUUUCAUGGAACUUAUGAAAGAGUCCAUGGCAGGUAAGUUUGACAGACAUGAACUAUGGGAGAAGUACAAAGUCAUACAAGACCCUCAUACUUCUUUCAGAAUUCAUAUCUACGCAAACAAAGUUCAAAUUGUGUAA